UAUAAAACCAAAAGGAAACUGUCUUUCCUACUCCAUUUCGUGAGUUAACUAUUUUUGGUUUUCUUUCCAAUUCAUUUUCUCUGCUGAUAGCUUAACUCCCCUCGGUUUGAAGUUCUUUCUCUCUGGAAUCAGCCUGAAAACUGUGCAACUUCAGCAGGAAAAAGCUACUGCAAGAGAUUCAGUCCAGUCUUUUCACUUUCCUUUUGAAAUGGAUGAAGUUUCUGAGAAAAAGAAGGUUGAAGAAACCGAACUUUCCCUCAAGCAAAACAAUGGGCAACCAAAAUACCUUUUGAAGAGAUUCUCACCACAAGAGAAUCCCAAAGAAACUACCCAAUUGAGCACUCAAGAAAUUAAACAAGAAAAACUAGACAUCAAUCUUGGACUCUCUUUGGGUGGCAUUUACAGUGAAAAAUCCAGUGGAAAACCUCUAACUAGAUCAUCAUCCAUCAUUGGGGUGCUGACCCCGAAGAAGGACCAUCAGGAGCUUGAUUCUCCAUUGCCUAAGACCUUCCGUUCAUUGUCAAGGUCUUGCUCCGUGCCUACUGAGGCAGAGCAAGAGCAGAGGAAGGCAAGUCUGAUGGCUUUGGCAAGGAGGAGAAUUGAGUCUACUCAGAGAUUCAUGGGGGAGAGGAGUAAGAAGGAAGACCCCGAGCAGCAAAAAUCUCCAGCUAGAGAACCAAUGCCAUCUUCACCGUCUAAAGUAGCUGCCUGGGCUGCUGCUUCUGCUGCUAAGAGCCCUGCCUUGUGUCGUGCCCUUGUUCAGAUCAAGAGGCAGUUCGCUUUGUAUGGCAACAGAAAACUUGAAGGACAAGAAGAUUCAGCUGCAGAGAAGGGUGCUAGCCAUUCAAAAUCAUUGCCAAUGCAGAACGAUGCAGAAUCCAAGGUGAUGUUGAGGACAAUUUCAAAUGGAAACCCAGUCAAGGUAGAAGAAACCAAGCUUGAGAAUCCAUCAAAAAAAGUUAAACUUGUGAACAAUGGAUUUCAAGAUAAUGGGGUGGAUGUGAUGAAACAGAUGCCUAGUGUGACAACUACUGGAGAUGGCCCAAAUGGAAAGAAAAUAGUAGGGUUUCUGUACAAGUACAGGAAAGGUCAAGUGAGCAUAGUGUGUGUUUGCCAUGGCAGCUCUCUCUCUCCAGCAGAAUUUGUCAAGCAUGCUGGUGGAAAGGAUGUCCCAAACCCAAUGAAGCACAUCACUGUCUGUUCCUCUUUCUCCUUUUAGAACGUAGCGGUGGCUUGUCUUCGUCGCCCAUUCUGAGAGGUUAAGGUAGGAAAUGAGUAACACCUGAAACUAGUAAGCUACCCUUUCUUUCCUGUUCUGUCUGUUUUUUGCUUUUGUUCAGAAACUUCCACCUGAUGGUGGAUUUUUUUUUUUUUUUUUUUUUGCUUUCUUUUGAGAACUCUUUGAAGGACUGUAUCUAGCUUUCAAUAGAAGGGUAGCUGUUUUUGCUCAUCUCCUUACUGAAAUUGUUUUACAUUAUUGCAUCCAUUGUCAUAUAAAUUAAGCUCUUGAUUGGAAAUGAUGAUGGUGUAGAAUGCACAAUUUGGAUUCUUUUCAAUAAACAUAGGGUAGAUAGUGACUGUCACCUCUUCUGAAA